CAGAAUACAUUAGAUUUUGAAAAAAGAGAAGAAACUAAAAAGACGGCACACCAGUCACAAAAAUGAUGAAGUGGAUUUAGUGUACUUCAAAUGAAAUUAAGCAAGCUUCUUCCUUGUUCAAUAGCGGUUUUUGUGCAACAAAGAGAUGAAAUCGCCCGCAUUUCUGUGCAUCCAGAUUGGUUAUUUCAUGUACGUACAGUCCUACGAUCAGCUGGUGAUGCCCGGAGUUACGAUGGCUGUGAGUAGUUCUGUAGCUUAUGAGGGCUAUCCAAAGAAGACAGUGGACGGAGACAAGAGACAAAGUCAUCACAAGUACUGCAUGCACACAGCAGACGGAGAAAGAGAGGCGUGGCUCAGAGUUGACUUAGGACGGGUCUACAACAUGAAAUCUGUUAAACUAUGGUAUAGAAAUGACAGGCCGACAUACAAUACAAAACGAUUACGAGGAUUCUCCAUCCGUCUAUCAAACACGACUACACCUGUCCCCAGUGACACCUGUUACCAGGAUCCUGGAGACCACACUCUGCCUGUCGUGUUAGAGAGAGAAUGCCGGGGAGAGGCCCGAUAUGUUUGGUUCUAUACAAACAGAGACAACGGCGAUGGGGUGUAUCUUGAAAUAUGUGAAGUAGAGGUAUACGGAUGCCAGUCUUCCUAUUACGGUAAAAAUUGUAGAGAAAGAUGUGGUCCUUGCGGAGGCAAGAAACGUUGUGAUAACAUUAACGGAUCCUGUCCUGGAUCAUGUGAACCUGGAUAUCAAGGACCAAAAUGUAAAACAGCCUGUGAGAAAAGAUUCUACGGCCCAAACUGUAGGCAUGCCUGUGGACAUUGUAAAGGAAAGGCUACAUGUGAUCAUGUGAACGGUUCUUGUCCUUCACGAGAGUGUAGACCAGGAUGGAAACAAACAAAAGAUCGGAAAUGUGAUCAAGGAUGCCAGUUUUCAUAUUACGGUAGAAAUUGUUCAGAAAGAUGUGGCCAUUGCGGAGGCAAGGAACGCUGUGAUAUCAUCAACGGAUCCUGCCCUGGAUCAUGUGAACCUGGAUAUAAAGGACCGAAAUGUAAAAGAGAAUGUGCUAAGGGUAGUUUCGGAAGGAACUGUAGAAAAAAAUGUAGUGGUCACUGCGUUGGAAGUUUACCGUGUAGAAACACAGACGGUGUUUGUCCAAAAGGGUGUAUGGAUGGAUGGACAAAUUCCUACUGCAAUGAAACAUGUCAGCCUCCACACUACGGUAGAAAAUGUAAAGAAACGUGUGGCCAUUGCAGAAAGAGCAAACCCUGUCAUCACAUAAACGGAACCUGUCCUGACUCAUGUGAACCUGGAUAUAGAGGGGGGAAGUGCGCUACAAGGUGCAAGAACGGAUUUUACGGUACUAACUGUAGUCAAGUCUGUGGACAUUGUGCGAAAAACGCAACAUGUGAUCACGUGGAUGGUACUUGUCCUUCUGGGUAUUGUGAACCUGGAUGGAAGUUCAACUCUAAGAGAUGUGACGAAGAGUGUGAUGACGGACGUUAUGGACUCUACUGCAGGGAUACAUGUAGUGGUCACUGUGCUGGCGGAUUACCCUGUAGGAAAACAGACGGUGUAUGUACCGGGGGGUGUACGGAUGGAUGGACACAUUCUUACUGCAAUAAAACGUGUGCGAAAGGCUCCUACGGCGAUAACUGUAGUCGUGUCUGUGGACAUUGUAAAGGAACGGCUCCAUGUGAUCACGUGAAUGGUUCUUGUCCUUCACAAGAGUGUGAACCAGGAUGGAAGCAAACAUUAGAUCAGAAAUGUGAUCAAGGAUCUCACGGCGCUAACUGUAGUCGUGUAUGUGGACAUUGUAAAGGAGGGGAUACAUGUGAUCACGUGAAUGGUUCUUGUCCUUCACAAGAGUGUGCACCAGGAUGGAAGCAAACUUCAGAUUGGAAAUGUGAUCAGGCCUGUGAAGAAGGAUACUACGGCCCUAACUGUAGUCGUGUAUGUGGACAUUGUAAAGGAAAGAAUACAUGUGAUCACGUGGAUGGUUCUUGUACUUCCGGAGAAUGUGAACCAGGAUGGAAGCAAACAUCAGAUCGAAAAUGUGAUCAAGCAUGUGAGAAAGGAUCCUAUGGCCCUAACUGUAGUCAUGUUUGUGGACAUUGUAAAGGAAAUGAUACAUGUGAUCGCGUGGAUGGUUCUUGUCCUUCACAAGAGUGUGCAACAGGAUGGAAACAAAGAUCAGAUUGGAAAUGUGAUCAAGCCUGUCAGAAAGGAUACUACGGCCUUAACUGUCGUCAUAACUGUGGACAUUGCAAAGGAAUGGCUAUAUGUGAUCACGUAAACGGUUCUUGUCCUCCACAAGAGUGUGAGCCAGGAUGGAAGAAAGCAGCAGAUUGGAAAUGUGAUCAAGCCUGCGAGAAAGGGAUGUACGGUACCAGCUGUCUUCGUGUCUGUGGACAUUGUGCAGGGAACGCAACAUGUGAUCACGUGAAUGGUUCUUGUCCUUCUGGGUAUUGUGCACCAGGAUGGAAGCGCACAUCUGAUGGAAAAUGCGACCAAGGUUGCGAUGACGGGACUUUUGGAUACAACUGUAUGGUGACUUGCAGUGGUCACUGUGCUGAUCGAUUGCCGUGCAGUAAAACAGACGGCUUGUGUCCCGGAGGUUGUAUGAAUGGAUGGACAAAUUCGUAUUGCAACGAAAAAUGCAGUCAUGGAUUUUAUGGGAAAGCUUGCAUGGAAAGGUGUGGUUAUUGUGCAGACAACGAACCAUGUAACCACAUCAACGGAACCUGUUCUGGCUCAUGUGAACCGGGAUAUAAGGGGAAGAAGUGUGACACAGAAGGGGACCCAAGAACCUCUGGAUUCAUGUGUAAAUCGCUUUGUACUAAUGUGUGUAACGCGGUGUGCAAGAAGCAAAUCGGGAAGUAAGAGAAGAUACAUCGAUACAUCUAUAGUAUAGGACGUUUUGAAACCAUAUUUCUAGUAUAUUGAUAUAUUUAGAUUAUUACAUUAUAUGGAAUAGGUGGAGACUUUUAUACUAUGUUAUAUAUGUCUUUAUAUUCGUUAUAUUGGUAUUAUUCAAAGUUUCGCCUACAAAUGUAUAUUCUAUAGGAAUUAUUUCAUGCACAUUAAAUAAAUAUUAAUGAGAUU